AGUCCUGAGGGCGGGGCGGGGACCCGGCGGGUCGCUGAGGUGGGGGUUGGUAGAGGACGCUUUCCGAGGGCGCGCGGAGCGGAGCCGGUGACAGACACGCACGCGCGUGUGCGCUCCCAACUACUGCGCGGCCCCGCGACCCCCGUCGGUCGCUGAGAGGCCCGGCGUCGGCGCCACUGCCGUCUGGGAUUUCUGUCUAAGAGCGUCCCUGGCGUCCCCCAGCCCGAUCUCAAGCUCCGGGCCGCGCCCUCUCUUGCCGGCGUCCUGUACCCCAGCGUCAGGCCAGAGCCGGGUCCUCAGGCCCAUGCUGGCCGCUGGGGACCCAGGCAGCCUAGGUCUGUCUCCAGCCGGCCAGCCGGCCACCAUGGUGGCCCUGAGGCCUGUGCAGCUACUCCAGGGGGGCUAAGAGACCCAGAACGCGGGCCUAGGGGUGAGGGGGUCCCAGGCCAGUACCCCGCGCCAUGGCCGGAGCCAUCGCUUCCCGCAUGAGCUUCAGCUCACUCAAGAGGAAGCAGCCCAAGACCUUCACGGUGCGGAUCGUCACCAUGGAUGCCGAGAUGGAGUUCAACUGCGAGAUGAAGUGGAAAGGGAAGGACCUGUUUGAUUUGGUGUGCCGGACGCUGGGGCUUCGGGAGACCUGGUUCUUUGGACUGCAGUAUACAAUCAAGGACACGGUGGCCUGGCUCAAAAUGGACAAGAAGGUGUUGGAUCACGAUGUUUCGAAGGAAGAACCAGUUACCUUUCAUUUCCUGGCCAAAUUUUAUCCUGAAAAUGCUGAGGAGGAGCUAGUCCAGGAGAUCACGCAGCACUUAUUUUUCUUACAGGUGAAGAAGCAGAUUUUGGAUGAAAAGGUCUAUUGCCCUCCCGAGGCGUCCGUGCUCUUGGCGUCAUAUGCUGUCCAGGCCAAGUAUGGCGACUAUGACCCCUCUGUGCACAAGCGAGGAUUUUUAGCCCAAGAGGAAUUGCUUCCGAAAAGGGUGAUAAAUCUCUAUCAGAUGACUCCGGAAAUGUGGGAGGAGAGAAUUACUGCUUGGUAUGCGGAGCACCGGGGCAGAGCCAGGGAUGAAGCUGAAAUGGAGUAUUUGAAGAUAGCUCAGGACCUGGAGAUGUAUGGCGUGAACUACUUUACAAUCCGGAAUAAAAAGGGCACAGAGUUGCUGCUUGGAGUGGAUGCUCUGGGCCUUCACAUCUACGACCCUGAGAACAGGCUGACCCCCAAGAUCUCCUUCCCGUGGAAUGAAAUCCGAAACAUCUCCUACAGCGACAAGGAGUUUACUAUUAAACCACUGGAUAAGAAAAUUGAUGUCUUUAAAUUUAACUCCUCAAAGCUUCGUGUUAAUAAGCUGAUUCUUCAGCUGUGUAUUGGGAACCAUGACCUAUUUAUGAGGAGAAGGAAAGCUGACUCUUUAGAAGUUCAGCAGAUGAAAGCCCAGGCCAGGGAAGAGAAGGCGAGAAAACAGAUGGAGCGGCAGCGGCUGGCUCGAGAGAAGCAGAUGCGGGAGGAGGCCGAGCGCACGAGAGAUGAGUUAGAGAGGAGGCUCCUGCAGAUGAAAGAGGAAGCAACGAUGGCCAAUGAAGCUCUGAUGCGGUCUGAGGAAACAGCUGACCUGUUGGCUGAAAAGGCUCAGAUCACAGAAGAGGAGGCCAAGCUUCUGGCUCAAAAGGCUGCAGAGGCUGAGCAAGAGAUGCAGCGAAUCAAGGCCACAGCCAUUCGGACAGAGGAGGAGAAGCGCUUGAUGGAGCAGAAGGUGCUGGAGGCUGAAGUGCUGGCGUUGAAGAUGGCUGAGGAGUCAGAGAGGAGGGCCAAGGAGGCUGAUCAGUUAAAGCAAGACUUGCAGGAAGCCCGAGAAGCAGAGCGAAGAGCCAAGCAGAAGCUCUUAGAAAUCGCCACCAAGCCCACAUAUCCACCCAUGAACCCAAUCCCAGCACCACUGCCUCCUGACAUACCGAGCUUCGACAUUAUUGGUGACAGCUUGUCAUUCGACUUCAAGGACACGGACAUGAAGCGACUUUCCAUGGAGAUAGAGAAAGAGAAAGUGGAGUACAUGGAGAAGAGCAAGCAUCUGCAAGAACAACUCAAUGAACUCAAGACAGAAAUUGAGGCCUUGAAACUCAAAGAGAGGGAGACAGCCUUGGACAUCCUACACAGCGAGCACUCGGACAGAGGCGGCACCAGCAGCAAGCAUAACACCAUUAAAAAGCCUCAAGCCCAAGGCAGAAGACCUAUCUGCAUUUGAGUCCUCAAACUUACUCUGCAGAGCGCCAAGUCCCGUGUGGCCUUCUUUGAAGAACUCUAGGUGACCCGACCACCUCCUGCCACAUCUGCUGCUCCUGACACCAACGGGGUGGGCCUGACCCCAAAGGAAUCAUCAGUAGAGGGCUGGCUUGUUUGGGAACUCUGAGUAGAAGGCCUGGUCCCCUUUGAGUUCAGUUGUUUUUGAACUCUGACCCUGCAGAGAUUUCUCAAGGUGUUCUAGUUCUCCUAGCCUGCAUAUCUAUGUCUCUCCUUCCCCCCCUCCCCCUCCUCUCCCUCCUUACCCCCCACUUUCCUCUCUCCUCUCAGAAAUAUUUGUUGUGUGUGGGCUGCCAUUCUUCCUGCACCCUAGGCACUGUGGUGUAAGUGUCACUGUGCGUGCUGCUGACUUUGGUUUGAGAAGCGGCUGUGAGUCCUGUGUGGAGGCUGAAAUCUACCAUGCUGGUGCUACCCACUCCCUGACUGGGGUUCUGGGAUAGGCCUCCCCUCCACAGUAAGGACCUGACUAGAAGCAUGGACUGGCUUAGCUCAGAACCAGCAAUGCUGGCUCCUUAGCCAGGCUCACCUGAGGCAGUGUUAUAGCUGUCUGACUGGCAGGAAACAGGCAGAACAGCUGUGGCUAGGAAGAGACUUAAGAUAAAAGCUGCUGGGCGACAGUGUGCACGUGAGUCCCUUCAGUCUUAGCCACCUCCCUGUGGUGGGCCAAGAGCUUCCUGGUCACAUUCCCAUGAGUGCCUGGGAACCCAGCUGUGACCAGCACUUCCAUCCAACUCCUCCCACUCAGUACAUGGAACCCCAGAGCCCUGCUGCCCAUCCAUCGUCUUCUAGUUCUCUCCAGUACCUAGGCCUUACUGUCAUUGUCCUUGUCUUCCCCUGGGGGCCCAGCGGUGUUCUUUUUGUCCCUCCUUCCCAGAACCUGACACAGGUAUCAGGCCAUACAUAGCCAGCAAACUAACACUACUGCCUGCCUCCAUGCUGGGCAGCAAGUACAUCCCAUGUGGCUCGCACACUCCAUGGGCUGGGCCUAUCUUCUGUGUAACUGGGCUCACUGCUGUGGCCAGUCAGAGCCCAUUGGGUCCUGACAGCAGGUGCUAUGCCUCAGUCCACAGGCAGAUGGACAUUAACUUAAGACAGUGAGGGGCUGAGCAGUGGAAUGGUCCACAGUACCGUUUUCGAGAAACUGAGGCACACUACCUUAUUCCCACUGGCUGGCUGUUAUUAGGCCACUUUGCCAUAGGCAGCCCGCUGAGUGUCACCUCAGCAUCUGUGAGCACCUGGGAUAGGACUCUGGGAUAGGAACUUCAAGUUGAGAAGUCCUCAGGACUUGACACCCCAGCAUUUGCCAAGUCUUCUCUGACCUGAAACUCUUCUCUGACUUUCUUUCUGUGCACUUGAUCUAACAGUGGCUGUGGGACACAGGACAGUGACGCUGGUUAUAAAAAUUAUACCAGGCCUUGGUUUUUUUUUUUUAAUUUAUGCUUUAUAUUUCAAAUUUGAGAAAUGCCAAGCGACAUAGCCACACGGGAGCCCUGGUAUUUGAGGAGUGGUGGGUGUAACUUUCUUAAAAGGUGGAACCCACUCAGUCAGAGGUACCUCAGGUCCCCUCAAGAGAGAGAAUUGGAUCUCCAGAAUGUCUCCAGCCUGCUUUGAGCCUGUAGCUGGGUUCUUUCUGGUAGACAAUUUUAGAGUCAAAGAAAGACAUCUGAAGUCCACAGUGAGCUCCAACCCUGGCUAUUUCUAGUUUCAGUGGUUCUUGCAACAUGGGCAGGCGUACCCUGGUACUGAAACAGUAAGUCACUCUCAGUGCAGGACACUGAGGCCUUGCUGAUAGCCUGUGGCUGGUCACAUACCCUGACUGAGGUAAUAUCUGAGCCGCCACAGCACUCUGACCCUAGAUCACUGCCGAGCCUGGCUGGACAACACCAGCGGGCUUACCUAACACUACUUCAGUUACUGCUUUAUCAUCUUCAGACAGGUUUCUCACGCUCCUGUACUUUCAAAAAGCCCAGAGGCUGAUACCCAGCAACAGUAACUAACUGUUCUUGCCAACAGGGCCAAAGCCUCAAAGCCCCUAGUGCAAGCAGCCUUCACAGGGGACCCAGCCUCUUCUGGGUACCUUGAGGCCAAGCCAGGGCCCAUGGGCUUCCAUUCCUGUUUUCUUAUCAAACAGCUCUUCCUGGGAGGCCCAUGUCGCUCCUGUCAGGGCCAAAACAUGAAGCUGUUUUUUGUUUGGGGUUGGGGGUGAUUAUAAUUUAAGUGAUUGUUUUAAUAAAAACUCUAAGCUGCUCUA